GUGUCAGUAUGUGAUUAGUGGUGCAUCUAUAUGUUGCGUGUGGAUUCCAUACGUGUCCUGACACCCAUCAUGUGUCAUAUUUGCCUGUCUUCAAGUCAUGGGAUGUACAUUUCCUGUAAUCAUGUGUGGACCUGUCCUUUCCCUUCUUCUAUGUCACCUGAUAUUCCGCUUUGUUCUUCUGCUAGACCCAGCGAAGGACACGUGACCGUCGUCCACUCCUUCUCCAUGCUACAUGAGAUCACCGAGGAGGUUCUGCGGGAAGAACUGACCGUCUCGGCCCUUCGGUGUCAGGAGGGAAAUGGCUCCUGUAUCUCCCUUCUUGCAGCAGACGUCUACCAGAGUCUCAGUCUGUGUGAUUUUGCAUUAUGUGACUCCUCCUCCAGCGACUGUCAGAGCCACGCGGGGCUCGUGACCUGCAAGUGCCAGAAUGGAUAUUAUAAAUUCGACCCCAGUGACCGCUCGUGUAGAGCAUGUGAGAGCGGAUUCAGGUGGACGGAGGGUCAGUGCCAGAGAUGCCCCCUGGGAUAUGGCGGCUUCAACUGCCAAGAGGCCUUCCUGCUGGUGGUGAUUGCGGAGUCCUGCGUUGUCGGCGUCCUUCUGGUGUCGCUGGUCACUGUUCUCUUCUAUUACUUCCGGAGAAAGAAAAAACCAAAACCCACCUUCAUGGACAGCCUUGUCCUGGGGGCCGCCACCGACCAACCGGUGCUGAGACUGCCAAGAGCCCAGUUCUCCUGGAGAAGAGAGUGGGAAUGGACUGACCAACCCGGGAAAAUCCUGGAGGAUCUCCACCGGGAGGGGACGGUGCCGAACCAAAACUCUGAACCAUCAGAUAUCCAAAUGAGGACCUUUGGAAGUGUUUCCAGAACUUCAGUCCCAAGCUUCAAUCGCGGCAGCCAUAAUCUGGCUUUUAUUAGUGAUGAUUAGGUAUGAUGGGUGGGGCUUGACAACGCUUAAACUGAGCAGCUGUGAUGGUUUUGUUGGACCUUCAGAACUGAUAUCUCAGCAGGAACAGAAGAUGAGAAGAUUGCAGUCAAACCACUUCCUCCUUGUCAGGUCCGUCUGGAACCACAAUGACAACCAUAGACUCGCCUGACAUUCAUCUGAUCUUCAGCUGUCACAUGAGAAACGGCAAAUUUGUCAUUUACUGUAAUUGGCUACAAAUCCAUCAUAUGGACCUCCUACAACGGAGACAAUCUUCCACAACGGAGACAAUCUUCUACAACGGGGACAAUCUUCUACAACGGGGACAAUCUUCUACAACGGAGACAAUCUUCUACAAC